AUGCUCGGGCAAAUUGAAUCCUACCUCCCAUCACUCCCACAACCCGCCGAUGGACCGGGUGAAGGUCCUAUUCAAGCACCUGUUGUCAACGCGGGUUCAGCACAGGAUAUGUACGUUCCUCAGCAAUAUACGGGUGGGCGCGAAGCAACGCCUCAUUCCCCUUCACCGGUGAGGCCGUUGCACCCCUUGGAAGGACACGAGGAAGGUAUGAUGAAGGAAGCCCGGAAGAAGAAGCGGAAGCUGCCUGUUUAUAUUCCGUUCCCCGGCUUGACAUUUGAUAAGGAGCUUGACGAGGCGGCCAAGCACAGGCCUGGGCCUGAAUACGGCGGUGGCACCGGCGACGUUGAAACACGUUACAAUGGGUAUAACAGGGACAGCAGGUUGUUCCAGCGCAAGGUUGAUACCGACAAAAAGGUACACAAGUUUCUGCAUACCAUGAUGGGCUUUGCAAAAGGCAUCCUGGAUUCCAACAGCGUGUAUUUCGAAGAGGAGGAGCAGAAGGAGAACUUCGUGGAGGAUUUCAUGGCUUAUAUUGUUCAAUCCAAGCGUGACCAACGCAAAGCUCACAAGAGGGUUAGGGUUAGGGUUAGGGUUAGGGUUAGGGUUAGGGUUAGGGUUAGGGUUAGGGUUAGGGUUAGGGUUAGGGUUAGGGUUAGGGUUAGGGUUAGGGUUAGGGUUAGG